GUGCCGCGUCGGGCCCCCCCUCCCGCCCCCCUGUUUUCCCGUCGAGUGAUGCACUUGGAAUGAGAAUCAGAGGAUGGAAAUAGUGUGGGAGGUGCUUUUUCUUCUUCAAGCCAAUUUCAUCGUCUGCAUAUCAGCUCAACAGAAUUCACCAAAAAUCCAUGAGGGCUGGUGGGCAUACAAGGAAGUGGUCCAGGGAAGCUUUGUUCCAGUUCCUUCUUUCUGGGGAUUGGUGAACUCAGCGUGGAACCUGUGCUCUGUGGGGAAGCGGCAGUCACCGGUGAACAUAGAGACCAGUCACAUGAUCUUCGACCCCUUUCUCACCCCACUGCGCAUCAACACUGGGGGAAGGAAGGUCAGUGGGACUAUGUACAACACUGGAAGACAUGUAUCCCUCCGCCUGGACAAGGAGCACUUGGUCAACAUAUCAGGAGGGCCGAUGACAUACAGCCACCGGCUGGAGGAGAUCCGGCUGCACUUUGGAAGUGAGGACAGCCAGGGAUCAGAGCACCUCCUCAACGGUCAGGCCUUCUCUGGAGAGGUGCAGCUCAUCCACUAUAACCAUGAGUUAUAUACAAAUGUCACAGAAGCUGCAAAGAGUCCAAAUGGAUUGGUGGUAGUUUCUAUAUUUAUAAAAGUUUCUGAUUCAUCAAAUCCAUUUCUUAAUCGAAUGCUCAACAGAGAUACUAUCACAAGAAUAACAUAUAAAAAUGAUGCGUAUUUACUACAGGGACUUAAUAUAGAGGAAUUAUAUCCAGAGACCUCUAGUUUCAUUACUUAUGAUGGGUCCAUGACUAUCCCACCCUGCUAUGAGACAGCAAGUUGGAUAAUAAUGAACAAACCUGUCUACAUAACCAGGAUGCAGAUGCAUUCCUUACGUCUACUGAGCCAGAAUCAGCCAUCUCAGAUCUUUCUGAGCAUGAGUGACAACUUCAGGCCCGUCCAGCCACUCAACAACCGCUGCAUCCGCACCAACAUCAACUUCAGUUUACAGGGAAAGGACUGUCCCAACAACCGAGCCCAGAAGCUUCAGUAUAGAGUAAAUGAAUGGCUCCUCAAGUAGGGAACUAAGCCAAGAGGAAUCCACCUCAGUGAAAUGCUACAACUGUGAAUUGAUGUAACCCAGAAUGUUCCCCUUCUCUCUUCUCUCUCCUUCCUUCCCCCAAGCCUCAUUCACUCUUUGGAUUGGCCCUCUCUUCGUGAAAAGUGUCUGCAAAACCAUGGCAGAGGAAUGCAUCUCUCACACAUGCACUGUCACACACACACACACACACACACACACACACACACCAACAUAACUACACACACACAUACACACACACACAUCAUCCAGCCUCCAUGAUGGGAAGCCAAGUUUCAGAAAGAAAAGGCUCAUUCAUAAGACGUCUUAGAAGAAAAUAACCAGUUAACCUGAUGACAAUUUUGAUACUGUUUUCCUGAACUAAUACAUCUACCCAAUGAGACUUUUCAGCCUUUGUACAUACAAAAUUCUUCCAAACGCGAGAGAGGAGAACACGGCUCCAACAGCACCAAGUGGACUUUGUGUCAAAUUCUCUUGGAUAGUGUCCUAGGAUCCUUUGAGGGUGCUGGUGACAGGUGAGCCAGGGCAAAGCUGACCAAGAACACUUAUUUCUAGAUUAUGAUUCUUCCGUUUACUCAACAAUUUAAAAAAAAAUGGACAGACAUUGAAGAGCUACACAUUGUGUAUAUAUAUCACCGCAGACUAUAAAGAAAUGGAAUUAUUUCCCUCUUUGUCACGUAUCUGUAGUAGGAUUUGCCAAGCCGAGAAUUGAUCCAUUUGCUGUUUCUUGUUUUCCAAAGGUCAUACAUUGUGUUUGAUUACUGUUAACAGCUCAAUAAAUGUGUUUAACGAGUUGAUUUCA